GAUGUUAUCGCGUGAGAACAAUUUAACCCGAACACACGAGAAGAGGGGAACAUAGUUUAAAUAUAAUUUUUUAGGCAAUCUCCUUGUAUGCUUCCGCGGGUGCUUACCUCAAGGAUUGCUUUUGGUGUAAAUCAGCUGAGAAACUGUAGACUGUUACUCAAUCCACAUAUUUAUACUCGCAUAUUUUUGUCCUCGACCAUCAAUUCGACUGGGAUGGCUUCGAAUGAUUCGUAUUCUGCUGACGAAAAAUUCAAUUUGAUCACCAGAAAUUUACAGGUGAGGGUUUCAGAUGUUUAUAUUCGAAUUCAGGAAAAAGUAGAUUGAAGUUAUGGAACUUUCUCCAAUUAUAUUUCGAUAUAAUGAUGUAAUGGGUAAUUCGAUUAUUUUUUCAUCCGCGUCAGCUCUGACGCUACAUUGUGGCGAAACAUAUAGGGCAUAGGUUUUCAUUUUCAGUAGUUUUGUUUUAUUAUCUGGUAUGAAUACUUAAGAAAAAGGUAUGAAUCAAACGCUUUAUCACAGAGAUCUUUCCAGAGUAGUUUGUGUGAAAACAAGAAAUAUACGAGACGGGUAAUGAGACCUAAAAGAUAUUACUUCCUUUGAAGGAGGUCUGAAAAGAUGAAGUGGAAUAUUGAUGGAAGGAAGGAAACAUUCAAUACCUCUCAACCUUUUUGUAAAUGAGAUUUUUCCAUCAUAGUCUUUUACAAGUAGAUAAGUGACUGGAUUUUGAUAUCAGGAGAAUUUUAUGGUUGGAAUUCUGGGUGAAUCUAUGUAGGGGAUUUCCUAUUGCAGAAUGAUAUGUACUUCGAAUCCCCACACUCACUGUCCAAUUUGAUAUAAUUAGACAUAUUUCAGAUUUUCACAAAAAGAGCUAUAUGCUUAAUGGCACUUUGCCACAAUAUGUCGAGUUAUUGAAGAGAUUUCUGCACAGCCACAUACUUUAUUAUGCAUAAAGCUCUUGGAUAAAGAGGACUAUGAUGUAAUCUUUGGGACUGUAACUUUGUUAAGAGUUGUAUGGGGCUAUAUAGAAAUUCAACUAGUUAUUUCUUCAGAAUGAAGAGUUGUCUUCAUUAUAGGGGGGAAACCGCAAAAUAUUUAUAUGCUUGAUAAAAGAGAGAAACAUUUAGUCUAAUGCAAAUGACCAUGUCUUCAUCAUUGAUAACCCUUAAACUCUCCUGAGUGACCAAGACAGAAUAUCUCCCUAUCAGUGGCAGAUCGAAGGGAGGAGCCUAGGGGGCCCACCCCCCUUUAUUUAUUUUGGGUACAAAAAAAAAAAAAAAAAAAAACAGGGGGAAAAAAAGCUGGCAAGGCAGGCAAAAAAAAACCAGGGUCCCCCCUUCAGGUCAAGGUUUGGAUGCGCCACUGUGUACAACAUUAAUACAUUAUCAAGCUGAUAAAUAAUGGGAAUAAAGAAACAUAUUGGUUGGGGAUUAUCAUUAGAUUCCAAAUUCUCUCAACUAGCAUCGUAAGAUUUGUAUAGCAGACAGUAAGGAGAAUUACUAAUGAUAUCUUGGGAGUGGAAGGAUUAAGUGAGGUGUCCACACAUGAGAGGUUUGAUAUUUUUCUGUGUGGCUGGGAGAGGGAUGCUCAGCUUUAGUAGAUCUACUGCAUUAUAUUGGCUAGGCUAAUAAUGAUCACUAUAUACUGAGAUGCUCAAAUCUUUAUCAGAUGACUUGCCUAUUCAUGGAGAGAAUCAAUUUUUAUUAUAGUUUACGUCACAUUAUGUUGUUUAUUAUUUUCAUAGGAAGUUAUCGGUGAGGAUCGCUUAAAAAUAAUUUUACAAGAGAAAAAUUUAUCUUUGUACUGGGGAACAGCUACAACAGGAAAACCACAUGUUGCAUACUUUGUACCAAUGACAAAAAUAGCUGACUUCCUCAAGGCUGGCUGUGAGGUGUGUUACCAGCUUGAAUAAUUAUGCUUAUUGGUGUUAUGACAUGCUUUAUACCAGAACAAUUUCUUAAUUUUUUAUUACAUUUUGUAUUUUUUGUUUUCCUCCUUGUUCCAUGUUUAAAAUGACAGUGCAUUCCAUCUAGAAUUGAUGAAAAUUAAGUGCCCAAUCCAUUCUAGUUUAAUUGAAAGCCAAUUUCACAUCAAAAAAGUUAUGUAGUUUUUUCCUCAAUAUUAACAUGAUACUGUUGCAAGAUUUAUUAUCAAAAUGAAAUUCUCACCCAGUGCAAACAUUGUCCAGUAACACAAAAACUCCCCCUUUAUGUGAAAUUAUCACAAGCCUGAGGAAGGGAACUUCAGUGUAAAAAUGUUAACCCUUUAACUCCCAAGAUCCAAUUGUCAAUUCUCCCUUCUUGUUGCUAGACAUUUCUUUCUAAGUUAGUUAUGAGGAUUUGAUAAGAUCACGAUAACAACUUCUACCUGAUAAGUCUGGGUAUUCUCAUUACCUGUUUGCUGGAUGGUGUAUGGAUAUUAUAGGAAGAAGUUACAUAUUAAUCACUUCUGGGAGUUAAAGGGUUAAGGGUAAAGGAGAGAAAAGUUAAUAUGGCUUAAUAAGCUUUAUAGGACUGCCAAGAGAUAUCACUUCAUUAUAAAUGACUAUAAAUAGUUGUAAAAAAUAUUCUGUCAUGACAGUAUUUGGAUCUAAUCAAAAGUACUAACCACUGAAAAGCAAGAAAGGAAUUUGGAGCUUGAGUUAUAUUUAUGAUAAAUUUUCCACUGCAUAAAAUAUACCAUUAUGCUUUUGAAUAACUUUUAUUGGUACUGUAAUGGAAACAUUUGCUUUUUUUUGUAGGUGACAGUACUUUUAGCUGACCUUCAUGCAUAUUUGGAUAAUCUGAAAGCACCUUGGGAACUGUUAGCCCACAGAGUCAAGUAUUACGAAGAAGUGAUUAAGGUUGGAUUUUGAUGACACUUGUCAGUCUUUUUCCUGUUACAGUGAAUUGUUUGAACUAAGGUGAAACAUUUGAUUAUUUAUUUUGAUUGACUGGGUGAGAGUAGUCCUGGGAAGGACUUAAGUUGAAAAUAAUUAUGGAUGUUGAAUGUACACCAGAUGACAACCAAUGUCUUAGUUCAAACGUUUCUCCACAUGUAACUAUUCUUUAAAGAUGACAAAUCAUAAAUGGCUUUGUCUAUCAAACUCUGAUAUGAAUAUGAUUUUGGGGUGACAUUAUGCAUUGGGUUUUAUCACGCAGGCAAUGCUAGAGUCAAUCAAUGUCCCCCUGGAUAAAUUAAAGUUUGUGCGAGGAACAGAGUAUCAGCUGGACAGGUAAUUGUAAACAUUUUGUGAUGUUCCAAUAUCAUUAAUAUUACCCAAUAUCAGCUGCUCUAGAGCUGGUGGUUUGAGACUUCAUGUGUUGCUCUCUUUGUUGCCUUCAUUCAGCACAUUGAUUUAUUUUUAUGUUUCCUCUUUGUGUUUUCUCAGAGCCUACGUCCUGGACAUAUUUAAACUUUCCACUGUUGCCACUGAGGUAAUGUUACUACUGCUUGACAUUUCUAAAUAAACAAUAGCCUUUAUUUGGUGCAAAAAUAUGCACAGAUAUUUUUACUGCAGAUAUUGCCUGUUCCAAGGUGCAAAUAGUUUUGUGAGAGCUAAGCUUGUGGAAACUGUGAGUUUCCAGGAACAAAUAAUGUCCAAGGACAAAUAUACAAGCAUAUUUUUGAAAAAAAUAAUGGCUAUUGUGUUGAUUAUCCUUCAAGUAUUUUGCAGUGUUAACAAAUAGCUUACUCUUUGCUGGUUGGGAUGUUUUCUUUUUAGUGUUUUCUGGUACAACUUUAUGAACAAACAAAUAUUUCUGUUCUUUUGUAACAAUCAUAAAAUGUCCUCUCAUCUUGAAUUAAAUUUUGAAUAAAGACUUAUGGUAGUGGAUGUGUGGUUCGAUAAUAGGAGAAUAUCACUUGGGUGAUAUCUUAAGAUAUCCCCCAGUUUUAGCUGAGGAAUAUUUGGUAACAUAAUGCAUUUAGAUUAGUCAUGCAUGAGCAAAAAUAUUUGAUGCAUGAUGACUCAAAGUGUCAUUAAAAAGUUAUUUUUAUUUGAAAAACCUUCUAAUCAGAAAAUUUAGCCAUUAUCAUAUACAUGUAAUCAAUUUAAAUUGGAAAAUAAUACAUUCUUUCUAAAUCAGAUGUUAUGGAUCUAUUUUAAGUGAUUUAUUUGGAUUUAUUUCUGUUAGCAUGAUGCAAAGAAAGCUGGUUCAGAGGUUGUUAAGCAAGUCCAACAUCCCCUUUUGAGUGGUCUAUUGUACCCUGGACUUCAGGUAUUGUAGUUACAAUCUUUGUAUUUAUUUUAUUAUCACAUAAUCCUUUAAUUCCCAGAAGUGAUUUACAGGAAACUUCUCCCUAAAAUAUCCAUGAACUUUCAGCAAAUAGGUGAUGAGAAAUACUUUUAAUUAACUUUAUUGGGUGGAAUUUGUUAUCUUGGUGUAAUACCAAAUUCUCUUAACCAAUUUACAAGGAAAUGUGUAGCAGCUUGAGGGGAGGAUUAGCAAUCACAUCUUCAAAGUUAAAGAACUCAGUCUGGCUCUUGUGCCAUAAAGUGAUACUCAAUACACUUUCUUGAUAUUGUAACUUGUAUUAAAUGGUGAUCCCAGUAUUGAAUGGUAUUUGUGUCAUGUUGCCAAUAACAGCAAACCUGAGCAAUCAGUCUCCUCAAGCCCAAAUUGUAACAUUCCACUGAUAAGGAACUAUUCACUUUUUCCUGAUGAUGAUCUUGCUCUCUAGUUGUAAAUACCUCAAUCAGUGUUUAUGACAAACCUCAGUCCUUUACAGAACUAACUGCUCAUGGUCACACUACACAAUGAAAUGUUUUUCAUGUAUUCAAACAAAUCACCCAUUGCUUUUUAGUAAAUAUUUCAACAGUCAUUGCAUGUUUACAGAUCACAUUUGUCAAAACUACCCAUUUUUACAUAUCUCUUUUUUUCAUACAACAGGCUCUUGAUGAAGAAUACCUCAAAGUAGAUGCACAGUUUGGAGGUGUCGAUCAGCGCAAAAUAUUCACGUUUGCAGAAAAGGUAGUAGAUUCUGUUUGAGUACAGACAUCUGAACAACUCUAUCAUAGUAGUCAUUUAAUAUGUUCUCAAAAUUUUCAUCUACCUGUUAUCUUCAGUGUUAUUGUUUUACUUAACAUUAUUUUUUCAUCUGUUUUUCAGUAUCUUCCCUCUUUAGGUUAUGCCAAGAGAAUUCAUCUUAUGAACCCAAUGGGUAAGAAAUCAUCCAGAAUGUUGACAGACAUCUAGCCUGUGGUUGUGGGCCUAGGAUUUGUUGAUCAGCUUUAGAAAGUCUUUACAGUGGCCAAAUUUCAUUAUUUUAUCAAUCUACUCAGUUGACAAAACAAAAGUAUCUUGUAAAACCCCCCACCUAUGCAGAUGAUUUGGCUUUUUUCUUCAAUCUUGCUGCUGAGGUAUUGUACAGUAUACCUAAUUUGGUUUUUGUAGAUUGUAAAUGGGGCUAAAGUCAUUUUACUUUUGAGGUGGAAUGGAAUGGAAUGGGCUAGCCAACAAUAUGAAGAACACUGAAGAAGUUAAUAGUUUUAAGUGGAUACUUUUUAAUAUGUUUCAUACAAAAUAGUUUUGAAUAACUCUGAAUAUAUUUUGAAUUCAAUUAAAUUACUGUUUGUAAAUAAGUUUCCUUAAUUACCAGAUGUAUUAUGUAACAGUUAGCAUUGUGAGUGAAAUGCCCUGUUGAGGGGAGUCUCAAUUAAGUAUGUGUGUAUGUAUGUGUAUGUACUCCUGCAUCCUAACACCAGCACUCUCCAUUUAUUAUCUUUCUUUGUUCUUUGUACCCUCAUUUCUACUGAUGGUUGUUUGGGCUAAUUUUCUGUUCCCUUGAUUUUCUAUGUAGUGCCUGGUCUCACUGGUACCAAGAUGAGCGCAUCAGAUGAGGUCAGUUUUUAUGAAACAAUAUUGAUAUCUACCUAUUGACAGAGAUGAAUAGCUGGAAAGUUUUUUUCUCAAGGUUAUGAAGUAUGCAGUCACAACAGAGAGCCACACAUUUUCCCAUUCAGCUUGACAUAAUUCAGUCAAUAAGUAUUUUAUUACAUGACCACUGCUCUUACCCUCUCUUUCUUUGCAUAUUUAGCAAGGGCUUUUUCCAGCCCUGCUCAAGCCACCAUGUUCAUGCGGGUUUUUUAUGGAAAGCAUGGUGAUUACUUUCCAAAAAAUGGCAAUGGCAGCAGCAAAUAUUGAUGAUUUGUGAACCAUCAGCUUUAUUAGUGUUGUAAUUAGAUCAUUCAAUUAAUUAAAAAUUUUUUUCUCUAGGAUUCAAAAAUUGAUCUUCUGGAUGGUGCUUCAGUUGUUAAGAAAAAGCUAAAUAAGGUUAGUGAUAAUGCUGUUUAAAAAUGGAUCAUUUUAAAUUGGUUUAUUUACUAUUACUUAGGGAAGUUUAUGUGCAUUACCUCACUUUUUCUUCAGAUGUCUCAGUUUCAAUUUAUGUGUAAUGAAUAAUUUGUUCCAAUGGUUUCAUGUUAGGCAUUCUGUGAAGAAGGAAACAUUGAGGAGAAUGGUAUUCUUGCAUUUGCCAAGUUCGUGAUCUUCUCGGUGUUGGAAAUAAAGAAUAAAACAGGUAGGUCAAGAAUAAAUAAUCUAGCCUUCGAGGCAGUUAAUAUAUACAAUUACGAACAAGAUCUUCCCCUCCUUCCCCCCCCCCAUUCACUCAGUACCAAAGGUUCUUUAGAAACUUAUUCCCUUCUCUCAUUCCUGAGUCCAGCACGUUGAUCAUUAGGCCAAGAGCACCAUCUUUCUGAAGAACAAAAUAUUUUGUCCCGAAAGUACAAUUAAUUGAAACAAGUGUGAUUUUAAGUGAUUUUGUUUCCCUUGGGCUCAGAAUUUGUGAUAGAAAGAGCUGAAGAAAAUGGAGGAAGAAUUGCAUUUAGAAAUUAUGCAUCACUUGAGGAAACAUUUGCCAGAAAGGUUGGUCUAUCAUCAAAAACAUCUGUUAUUUAAUAUAUCCUAUGAAUUUUGUUUAGAAGAAAAUUUUAUGUUAGUAGACAUCACAUGUAUUGCUGCUUUUUUCGUUCAUUCACCUCACCAGGAACUACAUCCACUUGAUCUGAAAAUGGGAGUUACAGCUUUUUUGAAUGAGGUAUGUAUAUACUCCUUCCCUUUGCAUGGAUAUUAGUUGUACAAGGUUGGUGAAUUAUUUAAACAAAUUCUACUACAUGUUGUUAUCUUUGUCGGGUAUUGUGGCUCAUUUCGUGGGCUAAAAUGGAGAUUUCUGAGGCCAAAAAUUGAGAUUUCCAUGGGCUAAAAUGUAUUUUAAUACAGUUUAUGUUCUUGGGCUUAAAUAUGUUUUGGGCCCUUCUCAGAGUCAUUGUAACUCUUGUGUUGCUCAGGCUUAGGCUGAAAUGACUGAGUCUGCUCAAGUAAGUAAGUAUGCCCUUGAAAAUUAACUCAACUAAUGUGUUAUUAUAUAAGUUUACAUAUCAGGAACCCAAUCACUGCUUUAACUUGGGAAAGAGCUGUACCAAUAUUAUGUUUCCCUACUAUUUGUUCACCAAUCAUUAAUGUCUGUUUCCUUCUAAAGCUUCUUGAUCCCAUAAGAAAGAAGUUCCAAACUCCUGAACUACAGAAGCUGAUGAAACAAGCAUACCCUACUCCAAAGAAAGCAAGUAAGUGAACAGGGUUCAUUAAGAGUAUAUUUAUGCCUCACAUACUCUGCUGCUAUUGUUUCUCUGGGUGUUUUUCAUAACUACAGGUACCACUGUACCUUUGCCUGGAUAAUCACAACACAGUCAACUGUUACUCUGUGCAAGAAUAGUACUGUCUUCAGUUUACUUACUAGUCUACUUUGUAGCUGUUGAAGCCCAGUGCCAACUAAAAUGGUAGUAACUAGAGUAUUUAUAACAUUUCUUUGUUAUUUCUUGAAUUUCAGAGGGUGGAAAAGGUGGGGCAAAUGCUACUCCCGAGAGAGCUGUUGAUCCUUCAAGGUUGGAUUUAAGAAUUGGAAAAAUUUUGUCAGCAAAGAAGGUGAGCACAUUGAGUUUUUAUUUCAUUUUAUUGUUCCCUUUGUGAUAUUGUUUGAAAUCAAGGGACCCUUGUUCAGAGCAAUGUUUUCAGCUUUCCUUGUGAGGUUAAAACCUUUUUCUCCCAGGAGAAGUUUACUAUAUUGCUCUCUGAGAUGGAAAUUCUGCCAUUUUUUUACUUCCUUUUAUUACAGCAUCCUGAUGCAGAUUCCCUGUACUUAGAAGAAAUUGACAUUGGAGAAGAAAGUAUGUGAUGAGAUCAGCUUUACAGAGUUUUUUUUUCCUUCCUCAGCCCAUUGCUCCUUGUUUUUGUUAACUCUUUAAUUCUUGAGAGUAGUAAGCAUCUAGUUUCUCCCAACAGUUUCACCCCUCAAUCAAACGUUAAGGUCAUGAAAUAAAGAAAAUAAUUGCAAGGCUAAGAAGCUCUUGAGGGGAGCAGGGAUGGCACAGUGGCGAGAGCACUCACCCCCCUCCGCUGUGGCCCAGGUUUGAUUCCAGGACCCAACGUCACAUUUGAGUUGAGUUUGUUGUUGGUUCUCGUCCUUGCUCCGAGGGUUUUUUCUCAGGGUUUCCAGUUUUCCUCUCUCUGCAAAAAACCAACGUUCAAAAUUCCAAUUCGACCUGGAGACAGUGGAUAAGAAGAGACACCUCAUGGAUUGUCCGCUGCUAAAUAAUUAUCAUCAUCGUUAUUAUCAUUAAUAGUAUCAUUAUUAUUAUUAUUAUUAUUAUUAUAUCUAUUUCUACUUUUAUUAAGCAAAUUAUCCUUGUAAGUACCAUAGGAAAUGCAUAAAGAAUAGUACGGAGAACCUGCAAACUGAUCCUAGGGUGUGGAGGCGAAGGCAGUCAUGUUGUGCUCAAUGCUCUGUACCGUCACGAGUACUCUCAGGAUUUUAUUUAGGUAUGAAUGCUAUAUUUUGGUUUUUUUUUUCCAGAGCCUAGAACUGUUGUUAGUGGUUUGGCAGAGUACGUUCCAUUGGAGGAACUUCAAGACAGACUUGUUGUAAUGAUGUGCAACUUAAAACCUGUUAACAUGAGAGGUGCGUUUUUUUCUUAAUUGUGGAAAAUUUGAUGCCUGGACAAACAGUUUUCACCUGCACCUUUUGUCUCUGAGUGAGCAAGAAUACAUUUUCAUUUUACGUUGUGGAUUUCUUAUGUCAGGCGUCACGUCAGAAGCGAUGCUCAUGGCGGCAUCUGUAACAGGGUAAGUUUAUGCUUGUCAUUUUGUAAGUUGAAACCGAUUGUGAUUUAAAAAACUAUUUUAGAAAAUAGCGUAGCAGAGAAGCCUGUUUCGAUGAAACUAUUUUAAUUGUAGGAAGGUUUUUGUCGUAUUAUUGCAAGGUACAGCUAACUUGAAAUGAUAGUAAUAUCUGGACGUAAGUCUAUUGGAAGUGAGAAGAUUGAUUUCGGCAAAUCUUUACUCUUAGUAAUCUCAGUAAAGGGGUGAAAAUAGUAGCUAAGAAUGGGUUUGGCGAGGGGGGGGGGGCAAGGACGCUCUUACUUACAAUCAAAUUUAUGGACAUAGGCGAAAAAAAUCAGACUAAUAGCCUAUGGUUUCUGUUUGUAGUACUGAUGGUAAAAGACAAGUGAUUCCUCUAAACCCGCCAGCUGAAUGCAAGCCUGGUGACAGAGUCGUGGUGAAAGGCUACGAACAUGAAACUGCCGGAGGUAAGGUGGUAGAGAAUAAGAGAGUGGCUUACAACCAAGCUGGUUUUCAAAAAUUGCGUUUCCAGGAUUUAUAAGAAACACGUAGACUCGGUGGUGACAUUAAUACUUACAGAGUUUUAAUCAACCGCAGGGUUUCUUUUUCAACCCUCUUUAAAACUAACGAAGUAUGAAGAAUUAACGAAAACUUCACACCACCAUAUAACAAGCGGUUUAUAUGAUCAUUGCUUAAGUAAUUUACAUUUAAGAAAAAGAGUGCGUCGAUAGUUGAUCAACGAAUGAAUCCUUUGUUUAUCCAUAUUGUUCAUAUUGACCAACGCCAAAUGAAGUGAAAUAUAAAACAACUUUCCAUCUUAUAUUUGUCGUUUUCUCUUUCAUUUAGAGCCAGAUGAACAACUGAAUCCCAAGAAGAAGAUUUUUGAAGCCUUAAAGGUUAACUAUUCUUUAAGCUGUUAUUCUAUGACCUUCUCGCAACAUUUAUAAGUACACUGUAAAAUCAACAGCGGGGCGCUUUUAGACUCGGUGAGGUCCUAGUUGGCCUUGCUCACAAGCAGGUCCUUAUCAUUAGUAAUGCUAGACGCGUGUUUCUUCGCCCAUGGGAAGAUUUAAGACGAGUCGGAGGGAGGUUCGCAAGGGGUGGCACUAAUAAUGAGGUAUCAAUGCCAGACCCCUGGCAGACCUCUCGCCGACUCGCGUUGCUCAAGGCCUCGUACUUUACCGCGGGUAAGCCGCGGGUAAAGAAAUGCUGGAUCAUUAUCAGUAUCUGGGCAACUGCCCACCUACCCCUCCCCUAACCCAACAUUAACCCUAACUUGUUAUCAAUUGACUGUUGUUGGGUUAGGGGAGGGGUGGGUGGGCGAUACUAAUAUUGAUCCGAAAUGCUCGUGCCUAGUUGCCAGUAUGCUCGAAGGCUAUUCUUAGCCGGGGAGUCUGGAUACAGAGGUCUCGAUUUAAGUCCUGACCAGGUCAUUAUGUUGUGCUCUUGGGCAAGACGCUAUACUCAUAAAUGGACACUGGAGUCUUUGGUAGUGUACCAAACGUAUGAACAAAGAACCCUACUCGUAUAAUUUGCUAACGAACUUUAAGGGUCAUAUUAGUACGAACUCAAAAUAAUGACAAUGUUAAAAAAUGAAAAAUAUUUUUGUUUUCGUUUUCUUUCAGCCUGACCUUUGUACCUCUGACGAUGGUGUCGCUGAGUACAAGGGAAGUCCAUUGAUGACAGCCGCUGGCCAAGUUACUUCAAGUCUCAAGAACGCACAGAUCAGUUAACGAUCGAAACUUGGGAACUUAAUGAAAUCGUAAAAUUGUUGUCACGCUGCCCAUGCUAGACUGAUAUGUCGUCAAAAUUCAAAUGUGGUCCUGUAGUGUAGUAGCAAAUUUAUAUUUAUAGGUAAUUUAACCAGCUUUUACAUCAUGUUUAAAAUGGAAGUAAAACCGCUACCAAAGACUGUCGCUUUAUUAUGUUUGUGGCUUGCACUUUAUCGGAAAAAAGUGUUGAAAUCAGAAGUCACUUUGGAAAAAACUUUCGUCACUACAUUUACGGUCCGAAUACGUCUUUUCUGCACGAUUUUGCUUCUUUCCAUCGUUAAAGAACACCUUGAUAGGCCUAUUCAACUAUAGAGACGUUUCUAAUUAAUUCAUAAUUUGAAGUUAAAUAUCUAAUCUCCAAGGUAUACUUCAAAGUUCUUGCAUGAUUUUCACAAACCACAAAAUCUCAACAGAAGAUGGAUAACCCUAAGCCACUAAAUCAUAUUUUUGGUGUCUAUUAAUAUUGAUGUCUUUACAAAGAUUUAAAUAAUCUUGUAUUAGACCAAGAAAAAAACUGGGGGUGGCUAGCCCUUCGGAUUUCACCAAGCCGUUCCACAUCAGGAGGCCCGCUAGGUAUCUCCCAUUCGCUACGGCAUUAGUAUGCGGGAUCAGAGAUCCCGAUGGAUAGUUGCUUUGUUCGUUUUAAAUAGGUGUGUCAUCAAUGUCUGUUAUCAUUAUGGUGUGUGUUUGUCCUCGGCCUAUAUAACAUCAGGCCAAGAUGGAAAUUCGUUAAUACAAAACGAAAAGAAAGAAAGCAAACAAAGUUGACAGCUUUCUUCUUAAAAAGCAAACAAUCAAAACAAAAACCUGAAUCAGUAUCUUUGAGAGAAGCGUAUCAUCUCACGCGCAUGCGCAGUAGUUAUUUCAAAACCUGAAUGAUGAAAUAAAUGACGCCACAAUUUUCUUAUUUACUACAUUUCAUGCAUAAUUAAAAACAAAAGUUCCAGA